AGCAAGGGCCGAGCACAGCAGGGGCUGGUGGGAUAUAAAUAUGAGCCAGGGUGUGUCCAGGUGUCUUCUGAUCAUUCACUUGACACCAUGACACUGCUGGCUCUGCUGCUGAUGAUCGGAGCUGCUGCGGCAGUUCCCCGGGAAGAUGGCAGGAUCAUUGGUGGGCAAGAGUGUGAGCCUCACUCUCGUCCAUUCAUGGCCUCCCUCAACUAUGGUUACCACUUCUGUGGUGGGGUGCUCAUCAACAAUCAGUGGGUGCUCUCCGUUGCCCACUGUUGGUACAAUCCCUAUGCCAUGCAGAUCAUGCUGGGAGAACACGAUGUGCGAGUGUUUGAAGGUACAGAGCAGCUCAUGAAAACCGACAACAUCAUCUGGCACCCUAGUUAUGACUACCAGACUCUGGAUUUUGACAUCAUGCUGAUCAAGCUCUUCCACCCAGUGGAGGUGACCGAGGCAGUCGCACCCAUCCCAUUACCCACAGCGUGCCCCAUGGCGGGGCUUCCCUGCUCUGUGUCUGGCUGGGGUUACACUGCCAUCAAUGGCGAAGUGAACUUGCCCGCCCGUUUGCAGUGUUUGGACGUACCCAUACUGGACCACCAGGACUGUGAGAAUGCCUAUCCUGGCAUGAUCACACCCAGGAUGGUGUGUGCCGGAUACCUGGAUGGAGGCAGAGAUGCAUGCAAUGGUGACUCCGGCAGCCCUCUGGUGUGUGCUGGGGAGGUCCAGGGCCUGGUGUCAUGGGGUCAGGGAUGUGCCCUGCCUAAUUACCCCGCAGUCUACGUCAAAUUGUGUGAAUUCCUCUCCUGGAUUGAAGACACCAUGGCAGCCAACCCCUGAAGAAAUUAAAUUUUCUUCACUUCUCCCAAUGGUUCCCCUCAAUCCUAGUUUCUUUUACGGCCCUGACUUUUCUUUUACUUUCUAUCUCUGGUGCCUUGUAUCUUGUUUUGAAGUUUCCUCCCUCCAUAUAGCCACACUAAAUAAAACCACUUGGUAGAUA